AAUAUAUAACAUGGUAGUGAUCAGGACGGUUUAUUCAGAAAGCAUCUACUGAAGAGUUACCCUUAACUCCAUCCGACAACCAGGUCUGAAACAGCUGACUCUAACAUGAAGGCUUUCAUUUUCCUUCCCUUCAUGUUCUUGGCCAUGUUCUCAGUGUCUUCAACCCAGGCUUUGAAAACAAGUGUUUUUAAACCAGAAGAGGGUUCAGAACCUGCAUUUAUUCGACAGAGAAAGCAUGAAGCUAACCAUCAAGGAGAACAAAAGGAAUUUAAUAAGCAAGGAGGCAACACCCAAGGAAAACAAGCAAUAUCUGGUCUCCAAGGACGACCAGGGUAUUCUAACCAGCCAGGGAAACCAGGGGAUUUUAAUCAGCAAGGAAGGCCAGGAGUUUUCAAUCAGCCUGGGAGACUGCAAGGGAAUGCAGGAGACUCUAAUCCAAAAGGGAAUUCAGAAGCUUCUAAUGAACAAGGAAAACCAGGAUCUUCUAGCCAACAAGGGGGCUCAGGGUUAUCUAGCCAGCAAGGAGUUUCAGGAUCAUCUAGCCAGCAAAGGAAGCCAGGGUCUUCCAGCCAGCAAGGGGGUCCAGGGUCAUCUAGCCAGCAAGGAAAGCCAGGGUCAUCUAACCACCAAGGAAGACCAGGAUUGUCUAGCCAACAAGGGAAAUCAAGGCCUUUUUACAAUCAAGAAGAAAGGAAAAAUGCAGGCAACCCUUUGAAUACCAAUAUAAUGGAGAUUCAGACUGGCAGUACCAGCAGCAAGAACCCAAAUGGAAAUACAAAAUGUCAGUCUAUCUACAAACCAGUCUGUGGUUCUGAUGGAAAAACCUAUGGUAACCUCUGUGUAUUUAAUGAAGCCAAAAGGAUAAAUAAUGGAAAACUAAAUCUGUACCAUGAAGGGAAAUGCUAAGCAUUGACAGCAACCACAUUACCUGGAACCUCAAAACCUACUUCUAUUCUCUUUAAACCAUGGAUUUCCUUGGAAGUUCCACUGAGGUCAGCAAGAGUCUUACAGAUAUGAUGGAUCUUACAUAAUUUUCAAGUUUGUUCCAUAACAAAUAAAGUCGGUUCCAGAGUUA